AUGGUGAAAAAGACAACAACUACCGGCACAGGCGUACAAAAGAAAAUCGGUCAACCAAUCCAUGAUUUAGUGGGAGCAAUUUCCACUACUUAUGACUCGUAUUUUGAAAACUUAACUCCAAGAUUAAAAUUAAUAGACAUAUUCUUAACAUUUUUAGUUCUCUUGGGGGUGUUACAAUUUGUAUAUGUUAUUUUAAUUGGUAAUUUUCCAUUCAAUGCCUUUUUGGGUGGAUUUAUUUCAUGUGUUGGACAAUUUGUAUUGACUGUUAGUUUAAGAUUACAAUACAUCAAUUCUUUACAAGCUCAACCAUUAAAGGAGUCCAAAGUGGCAGAAUUGAAUGAAGUUGUUGACGUUGACGUUGACGUUCAUGCUGAUCUUGAUGAUGUAUCCACUUCUAGCAACGUUUUCGAACAAGUCAGUCCAGAGAGAGCAUUUGGUGAUUAUAUAUUUGCUAGUAUGAUUUUGCAUUUUACUGUAUUCCAUUUUAUCAAUUAA